AUGCCAUCUGAAAGUAGUAGUGGUCUCCCAUCUGAAUUUUUAACUCUCAGAAGAUUCUUGACAUCUUCGAAAUCUGUAAUUCAAGUCACCACUUCUUCCGUUCUACUCCUCCUAAUCCAUUUCACCGUCUCCACAAAACUUCCCAAAAUGCUCCAAGACGCUGGAAUUCCUGAUUCUGAAACCAAUCGUCUCCAAUCAUAUCUUCUGAUGAAUGCGAUUUCUUGUCCAAUUAUUUAUCUUCUUCUGAAGAAAUACUCUCCAAAUGUGAUUGCUACAAAGAGGAAAUUGAUCAUUUUGGGUCUCACUACUAUCAUUAUUUCGGUUCAGUUGUUGCUAGGCGCCGUUAUUUUAAAAAGGAGUGUCGUGGGAUUCGAGAAUAAACCGGAAGAGUAUAUUCCUUGUUUCACCGCGCUUCUUCCACUUCUCACCGUUAAUUUGAUGGCUUAUGCACUGGAGCAACCUCCAAAAAUCCAUUUGGUUCCUGAUGGCACGGAGAGAACAGAGGAAAUGGAAUCACAGUUCUAA